AACCUAAAUAUAUUCUAGCUCUUCAGGAAGGCAUGCUCUUGCCUUCACCGCAGUCUGUCAGUUACAAAUGGAAUUGCUUACUAUCACAGUGAAUUUCGAAGCAUUAUGAACAUCUGGGGAAGACUUCUAGUACGAAACUUUAGCUGGAAACCCUUCAAAACAGCGAUGAUCGGAGGCGAACUGAGUAAAACAUACGAGGAAGCUGUCCAAGCCCUCAACACCCUUCAAUCAAAUGCAAGUGUUCUAGAAAAAGUGAAGAAAGAUAGAGGGAAACAACAGGAAAAUAACAUUCCGGAUGUCCUCAGCUUUGCUCAAAGAGCAGGUGUUACAGUGCAAGACAUUGACAAUCUGUCAAUCAUACAUGUGAGUGGCACAAAAGGGAAAGGCUCAACAUGUGCUUUCUGUGAGAGAAUCCUACGCAAUCAAGGUUACAAAACUGGCUUCUAUAGCUCGCCUCAUCUCAUUGAAGUGCGAGAGAGAAUCCGUAUAAAUGGGAAACCACUGUCCAGAGAUGCCUUUAGUUCAUAUUUCUGGGACUGUUUCCACAAUCUGGAGUCAUCCAAAGAUGAAUUUGAGGGGAAGAUGCCAGCAUACUUCAGAUUCUUGACUAUUAUGGCUUUCCAUGUCUUCCGGCAAGAACAGGUGGAUGUAGCUAUAUUUGAGGUUGGGAUAGGCGGGCAGUAUGACUGCACUAAUGUCAUCAGGAAACCUGUAGUAUGUGGAGUGACCUCACUGGGUAUAGACCACACUAGUAUAUUAGGAGACACUGUAGAAAAGAUUGCCUGGCAUAAAGCAGGAAUAUUUAAGAGUGGGUCACCUGCUGUGACAGUGCAAGAGCAACCUGGUAAAUCUAUGGAAGUUAUGCUAGAAAGAGCUGCUGAGAAACAGUCAUCCUUAAGUGUAGCACCAAAGCUAGAGAUGUAUGAUUGGCAGGGAUUGACUCCUGAGUUGGGGAUACCAGGGGAACUCCAACAUUUGAAUGCAUCUCUGGCACUUCAAUUGUCUCAUAAUUGGAUGGCCAACCACAAUAAGAAUAAAAGUGAUUUGAUUGAGAAUGAUACCCAGAAUGAAAUGGAAUUAUCUACCUCCAAAGAUGAAGUAGCUAUUGCUCCUGCUUUUAGUAUUACACCAUCUGUUGCAGAUGCGUUAAAAUCAUGUUUUUGGCCAGGAAGAAAUCAAACCAUUAAGCGUGAGAGAGUUACAUACUAUGUAGAUGGCGCUCAUACUCCAAAAAGCAUAGAGCAAUGUGUUCAUUGGUUCCAAACUGUGUCCUCAACUGAAGCCAAAGGAGUAAAGGGUGAUGUUGUGAAGGUGCUUGUGUUCAACGCAACAGGAGACAGGCAGCCAGAGACUCUUAUGGAACCCCUGUUGCCAUUGCAGUUUGACUAUGCAGUGUUCUGCCCCAACAUAGGUACCAUAUCUACAACUUGUCCGGACCGAACAAACUUCAUGGUAACGAAAGGUACACAGUUGUCACGUUGCAUCAAAAAUAGAAACGUCUGGCUGGAACUGAUGAACAACUAUGCAAAGAUGAAAACUGCUGGGAAAAAUGGCAUCAUGCAACCAAAUGUUGAUAUAGCCGAAGAAGUGCCUGCCAAGCAAAUCAAACUCAAUAGUGAUAGCAUUGUAGCCAAUCAAAAUGGAUUGUCAUAUGGAAACAACCAAUCAGAUAGUGCCUUAGAGGAGAAAGACCCCUUAAAUGAUUUGAGUGUGAAAACAUUGACAUUUCCGUGUAUAUCAGAUACUCUAGUGUGGGUUUCUCAGGGAAAAGACGAUACUAUUAACUCUAGUAGUAAUAACAUCCUGACUUCCCCUAUUCCACAAACAUUGACCUCUGCUACACACAUUCAAGUGUUGGUUACUGGGAGUAUUCAUUUAGUUGGAGGGGUGCUGGGUGUUCUAGAUCCUGAUUUGACAGAAUGUUAAGAUCUAAGAUCAGGUUUAACUCUUAUUAUAUUUUUAAAACUGAAGGUAGCAGAUGUAAACCUCAAGCCAUUUAUGUAUGUGUUAUGUGAAUGCAUAUUUUAAUUAAUCAUAUUAUAUUAACUGUUAAUGAUUUGCUCAAUAGACUAGAUGUGAGUAGAAAUAAUCUUCAUU